AGCUGUUUCUAAUAUUCCUGUAGUUGUACAACCGAAAACCAAAAAAAGCCAAGAUGCUAAACCAACGAGGCAUCCAAACACAUUUUAGUUGGAUGAUGAUAAAUAAGAUGUUGUUACUUUCCUAUUCAGCUCUUGUCGGCGUUCUUUUACUUCCUGUAGUACUUAAAGUUCCCGUGUUUCUUCAAAUGAUAAUAAGUGCAACGUCUUGUGUAGUAUUAGGUUCCUAUAGAGCAGCAAAGAAAGAACAAGAGCGGAAACGGAAAGGAGGAAGCAGAGACGCACAAGUCAUUACUGAACGUGAUGCGUAUAAGUUUCCCGUCAUUGCUUCACUCUCCUUGUUAGGGCUUUUUUUUGCUUUCAAAUUUCUGCCGGAGUACUGGUUGAAUCUUUUUUUGACCGUUUAUGUGGUUGUUUUGGGUGCAAGUGCCUUUUUCACGUUUGUUUUACCUUUAGUUGAAGAUUUCUUGUCCUACUUGAGUUUGAACCGUGAAUUAUAUUUUAACGUGACUUUGGCGCAUAUCAUUUGCUUCAUGAUAGCUAGUUUAGUAGGAUAUUGGAACGUAUCUUCCAAGAGCUGGCUCUCCAAUAAUAUGAUGGGAACUAGCUUGUCGGUGUUAGGUAUUGAAAUGCUUGCUCUAGGUGACUUCUUAAGCAGUUGCAUUCUACUUUUUGGUUUAUUCUUUUACGACAUCUUUUGGGUUUUUGCUUCAAAGCCAGUGUUCGGUGCAAACGUUAUGGUUACUGUCGCCAAGAACUUCAAUGGACCUAUCAAGUUAAUAUUCCCGAAGUCUUUUUCGGGAAGUUCUGAGGAAUAUUCCAUGCUGGGCUUAGGUGACAUAGUCAUUCCAGGACUAUUUGUUGCCAUGAUUCUUCGUUUUGAUUGGCGCAAUCUUAGAAAUCAAAAUGAGGAGGAAACGAAAACUCCCUAUUUUACGACUGUGCUGUCGAAGUCUUUAACGCAGCCCAGCCGGCACUCCUAUAUUUAGUUCCUUGUUGCUUGGGUUCAGUAACUUCCUUAUCGCUGAUUCGCACAGAAUUCAAACAG